ACAGGACUGACAUCCUUCCUCCACAACGUUCAGGAAGUUUUACACUAAGCAUUAAUCAAGCUAUCUGUACGAGAAGAGUUCUCCGCAAUUAGUGUCGAUCCUAAACAAAGCCUAAAUCAGUAGCAAUGUCGCUUAUUCCAAGCUUCUUUGGUGGCCGACGAACCAUUUCCCAUCCAUUCUCAAUGGAUAUCUGGGAUCCAUUCAACGACUUCCCAUUCUCAACCUCCCUAUCUAUUCCUCGCACCCAAUUCUCCAAUGAAACAGCUGCAUUUGUCAAUGCACGUAUCGAUUGGAAGGAGACCCCACAAGCCCAUAUCUUCAAAGCUGAUCUUCCUGGGCUCAACAAGGAAGAAGUGAAGGUCGAGGUUGAAGAAGGCGGAGUCCUCCAGAUCAGUGGAGAGAGAAGCAAAGAGCAGGAAGAGAAGAGUGAUCAGUGGCACCGGGCUGAGCGUAGCAGUGGCAAAUUCCUGCGCAGGUUCAGGUUGCCUGAGAAUGCCAAGAUAGAUCAGGUGAAGGCUACCAUGGACAAUGGUGUCCUCACUGUCACGGUGCCCAAGGAAGAAGUGAAGAAGCCAGAUGUCAAGGCCAUUGAGAUCUCUGGCUAGAAGGUAUCCUGUUACACACCCUGAUGUGAUUAAUUAUUGGAUUUAUAAACUAAUAUAUGAAGAGAUAUCUAACAAUGAUUUUUGGAGAGUUUCUUGUUGUAACUUCGAGUUUCUGCUUUGUGGAGAGAAUGUUUAAUACAGAAAUACAAAAGUUCUGAUAAAUUUGAUAUCAUUGAAAAAUUCCAUUUUCAGUUGUC